AUGUUUGCAAGAACUGCUGUUUUCGCUGAAUGCGUGGUUUGUUCAACACCUGAUAUUCCAAAUGGCCUCUCUGUUGGUAGCGCGGUUAGCAUAGGUGGCGAGAUAGUUCUACGUCCCAUCAACGGUGAAGAGUUUGCAACCGAGCUCCGAGCCGACCAUAUAGACCUACUCAGUCCUCCCGAAGUUGAUAAAAAAGAAGAAAAUGAUGUCAUAAUUGGUGCAUUGUCCCGAUCUCGACCUCGUCUGGGUCUGCUACGGUCGGAGAAGGGUCUCUACUGGCGUCACAGACUUCCUGAAAUGGCCGCUAUGUUGCGUCUUCGAGCAGCAUGCAAAUCGAUUGUACAUCGAGCGAUGCAAGACCGUGGAUAUCUGGAGAGCCCUAAGAAUUUGGUGGAUCUCAUGUUUCAGCCUACGAGGGGCUCAGUUGCCAUGGCAACUAAUACCUUGUGGAUGGGAGCAACACCCGCCACCUUGUUCUUUGAAUCAUUCCCUAUUAGAGUUCGCACAGUUUUUCUUCCUGCGUCGGACGAAUUUGAACUGAAUGAGCUUGUGAAAAAGGUUGAUACUCCGAUUCUGACAACAGCAGAUUGCGAGGGAUCAGGUGAGACAUUUCUCGUAACCCCCACUGCAUCCAGUUUGAAGGAAGGCGAGGAGACGUUGCAAUCUUCUGAUGGAUGCGUGGAUAGGGAGGGUCAAAGGCAAACACCCUCGCUCCAUUUAACUGUCAGCGCUCAACUGCAUCUCGAAGCACUGGCCAUCGGAAUGAAUAAAGUCUAUACAUUGAGUCCGACAUUUCGAGCAGAGCCCUCGCACUCGCGUUUUCACUUGGCUGAAUUCCUCAUGUUAGAAGGGGAGUCUGUGGCUAUGACGACUACGGAGGCACUUUGUGACGAGGUCGAGGCCAUUGUGCGUAAGAUAACCACUAUGUACCUGGAAAGCAUUUCUUCCUCCUCUUCUGGAUCCUCUACCCCUCAAAAGGAUCUUGCGCUCGUUCUCUCCUAUCUCGCAGAAUCUCUUGAUUCCAUGAAUGUAACCACUCAUCUCAGCUCACUAGAUUCCAUUCUCAGUCGUCCUUUCACCCGAAUGACAUUCCAUGAAGCUCUGGCUACUCUCAACCGCCUUGGUAAACGCACUUUAGCUUCAGAAACCAACGGAUUCAGUAAAGAGGAAGAACAGGCUCUCUGCUUAUCCGCUGGCAACAGUGCGGUCUUUGUGACGGAUUUCCCCUUAUCUCAGAAGCCGUUCUACUGCUCCAGAUCGCCAGCGAAUGCUAUGACCUCAGCUGCUGUGGAUCUCCUAAUUCCUGAAGUCGGUGAAAUGGUUGGAGGAUCUGUGAGGGAGGAUAAUAGGGAGAGACUUCUGGAACGAAUGCCUGGUGGUGAGGUGGGAACUCUGAACUGGUACGCGGAUCUGAGAGGUCAUGGUGGUGCACCCCACGGUGGAUUUGGUCUGGGAUUUGAUCGGAUGCUACUGUGGUUGCUUGGGGUGUAUAAUAUUAGAGAUACGGUGACCUUUCCGAGGGAAAUUGGAAAAAUGUAUUUGUAG